AUGAACGCACAGACAGCAAUCCGGCGUAUCGAGGCUGCUCUUCGUCGGCUCGAAGGCAAGCCUGUCGAGGAAGACCUUCUUGGCUUGGUUCCCAUGGGUCGACAAAUUGGAAUCGGUCGAGGCAUAUCCGCUGGUCUUGGUGGAUCUCGCCGUGGAGAUUGCAGAGGUCGGGCUCUGGGUCGUGCUACCAGUUCGGGUCGUAGUAACUUUGCUAUUGGUCGUCGGGAUAGCAGCAACAGAGGGAGUGGCUUUAAUAAUUAUGGGAAAGGAGCUGGUCCCAGUAUUGGUGUCGUAACUCACUCGUACGGCAGAGGAAAUUAUGGGCGUAUUGAUGGUGACACCAACAGUUCCAGUCUCUUCGAAGUAUCAGGGAAUCGGGCUACUAAUUCAUUUAACCCGGGUCGGAUAUGCACUUCUCUUGGUAGGCCAGAGACUGGAACUCUGCUUUCGGGGGCCCGAAGGUCGGGGACACUACCUGGUUGUUCCAGACAUACUGACUCUUCUCUCAAGCGAAAAUGA